GUGCUGGCUUCAACUUCACCUCUCGCGAACCAGUCGGUGGCUUAAACCCGAGCAGCGUCAGUUCUGCUCCUCACAACAACAACAGACCGGAGGAGGAGACAUGCGCAGCCGAGGAAACUAACUCCUGCUGCGGGCUCCUCGUCCUCGGCCGUCGGUGAAGUUACGGCCCUGUGGAUAAAACCUCCGCGGACUUUACGGAGCAGGAGCGGGCUCCCGACGCUCCGCGUGCACGCCUGGGAGAACACACAGAAUAGAGAGAGAGAGAGACGAGGAGGAGGAGGAAAGAAAGAAGAUCUGUCCACCGGUGUGAGCUCCUGGGAUGCCCCAUGCUUUUCUAAGGCCUCCAGAAGUUAAACACAGGGUGUCAUUGACAGAGCAAGUGACCCCUCUGAGCUGCCACCAUGGCGCUGGUUCAGGCUCUGCCCAUAUCUGCUGAGCCCCACAGCUCCGGCCUGAGUGGAGGAGCCCGUAGACGACACCACUCUGGCCCCUCGUCCCCCAUCAACGCACCACCACCACCCUCCACUCUGGAUCCUAUGGGCUCUGUUAGCAGCCUCAUAGUCGCACGCCCCGGCCCUUACCAGGACCACCGCUCCGGUGUCGAACUGGGAGCAAGAGUCCGACGACCCACACCGGGGGCUUCCUGCCUGGGCAGCCAGUCCCCCCAGGACCCCUUACUCCAGAACCUACCGUUGCUCAAGAAACAGAGCUCCACGACUUUCAGCAGCACGAACGGGAACUUCACCUAUCUGAAUGAGGACUAUCUAGGGGACUGGAAUGAGAACCUUGUAGUACCCGUCAGUCCAGGAAGUGAUGCGGACGAGAUGAGAGAGGGAUCGGGGCUGAAUGGGAAUAUGGGCGGACCUCCUCCCAAACUGAUCCCCAUAUCAGGAAAACUUGAGAAGAACAUGGAGAAAACGGUGCUGCGGCCCACUGCCUUCAAACCUGUCAUUCCAAAGAGCCGCCACUCCAUGCAGUACCUUUCCCCUCGCCAUUGUGCCAACACAUCAGAAAGCCAAAACAACCUGAACAUGCUCAGCCCCGCACACAGAGAGGUGUCGCCCUCUUGCUCCGAGAAGCGCAGCUCGUACAGCGGAGCCCACAGCGGUGGCGGAGGAGGAGGAAGCAGUCAGUCCUGCUCCCUGUCCGACUCUGGACGCAACUCCCUCUCCAGCCUGCCGCCUUACAGCAGCGCUGGCUACGGCCUGGCGUCAGGAGAGGCGUCCGCCGGCCAACUGGAGCCCAUGAAGAGCGCCCCGCCCGUCAGUGCACACGGACAUUCCAACUCAGACAGUGGGCGCUCGUCCUCCAGUAAGAGUACAGGCUCUGGGUCGAUAAGUGGCCGGGGGCAGCCCCUGUCUGACAGCGGGUCCAGCGGGCGCUCCCCCGGCCCUGUGGACUGUUACGAAGGGGUGGUGAGGGACCUGGAGGACAAGCUGAGAGAGAGAGACCUGGAACUGCACCAACUCCGAGACAACCUGGACGACAACGAAGCUGCAAUUUGUCAGGUUUACGAGGAGAAGCAGAAGCGUUUUGAGCUGGAGCUGGAGGAGCUGAGGCAGAGCUGUGCCACCAGGAUGCAGGUGGCCUCGCAGAAGGCCCAGCGUGCCCAGCAGGUGCUUCAGUUACAGGUUUAUCAGCUGCAGCAGGAGAAGAAGAAGCUGCAGGAGGACUUUGCACAGCUCCUGAAGGAGAGGGAGCAGCUGGAGGAGCGCUGCAGCUCCUACGAGCAUGAGAAGAUCCAGCUGGGGCCUCGGCUGGAGGAGACCAAGUGGGAGGUCUGUCAGAAGUCGGGGGAGAUCUCCUUGCUGAAGCAGCAGCUGAAGGAUGUGCAGGGAGAGUUGGCUCAGCGGGUGGGGGAGAUCGUUUCCCUGCGAGGUCAACUCCGAGAGGCCCGCGGUGAACUGACCAACUCCCAGGUCCUGCUGCAGGAGGCUCACGGCACAACCCGCACACGGACGCUGGAGCUGGAGGUGUGUGAGAACGAGCUUCAGCGGCGCAAGAGCGAAGCGGAGCUGCUCCGGGAGAAGGUCGGACGACUCGAGGGAGAGCUGGUUCAUCUCAGAGAUGCUUUGGCCAGUCAGGGCCCGGGAAACCGACAGUGCCAGGUGUUCCAUCAAGCAGGGGAGCACAUGUUGUCCUACGACAGUGACGAGGCGAAGGCCCAGCGGCAGAGCAGCAGCGAGGCCCUGCAGAACAUGAAGGCCCAGAUGGACAGGAUGAGGGCCGAGCUGGCCUUCGAGCAUCAGCGGGCCGAGCAGCAGAUGGGAGGCUUCGAGGAGGAGCGCAGGAUAUGGCAGGAGGAGAAGGACAAGGUUAUCCGCUACCAGAAGCAGCUGCAGCAGAACUAUGUGCAGAUGUAUCGCAGGAACCGAGAGCUGGAGCUGCUCCUGCAAGACCUCAGUCAGGAACUGGAGAGCAGAGAGGAGGACGAGGGCAGCGGCAACGAGAUAAACUUUGAUGAGGUCGCCGCCACAGAAAUCUGACCCUCGUGUCUCCCCAUCUUUUUUUUUUUAUUUGCACUACUGUCCGCUAAAACCCUUUCACCUACAUGUCACAGAUGUGGUGUCUCUUCGUGCUGUUGUGAGUCUGCAGAGACGACAAAAACUCAGCCACUUUAGUUCUGCCUCCGGUCCCGCUUUAAAAAGCCAAUGACCCCAUUAGUCAUUAGUCCUCCGCCUCAGUCCUCUGCCCGUCCACUAAUGUCUGUGUUGGUGUUUGCACCCACUAACCUGACGUCAGUGUUCUGCUCCUCUUUCACAACUUAACACAGAUUUGUUGUGCAUGAGUAACUUCCACCUGUCAGCCUGCCGGGUCGAGCGCCACACACUCAGCUCACGGCGGUGCUGUUGACAUCGACAGUGAAUGUGAGAUGUUCUCAAAAUACGUCAACUUCCUUCCCUCAGGAAGACAGAUUAUUGAAUUAGGACAAACGAGUGAGGCGUAGACUGUAAAUAAAGAUGUGCAACGUGUUUCCACUUCCUCCUACCAUCCGGAAAAUGAAGCCAAACACUUUGGGAAGCUGUCAUGGCGUCCAUCUUUAUAUACACUCCAACGGUAUAAACAGAAUUCGUUCCUGGUCUGGACUCUAAUGUUUUCAUUUGUUCUGUCACACUCAAUAAGAUCAUCUGUACAGUCUAAUGUAAUUGAACAUAAAAACACUUACUCCUCGAGUCCAGUGCCCGAGUCGCCUUUCAAACCAUCUGUUACUCGUCUGACGUCAGAAAUCACUUUUACGUGUAGAAGUGGCCGAUGUGGAUAACGGUGUACAUACGCUAAUUUUAUGACGUGUUUAUACUGUUGAUUGUGAUGUAGUUCCUGUUCUAAAGAAUAAAAAGGCCUUUCUUACAGCC